UCCUCUUAUAAACUGAACACAACAAACACAAGCGCUGGACUGUUCUGUUCUGCAUUCAUAACUUGGAAGUGCUCAUCACUACAAUUCACCUUUAGCACCUUCCUCCACUUCUAACGGCAGGAGUGAACGCUAGCAGCUGACCGAAGCACGGCUCAGUUCCCCUGAGCAGGUCAUUUCUCGUCCCGUGUCUCGUUCUGCCUGAUCCCUCCGGUCGCGAUGGAGAGAGUUCAACACUUAACCCGCUCGGCCAUGCGCAGGGCCUCCCUGAUCGAGGUCAACCCGCAGACCAAGCGCAACCUGCAGGAGCUCUUCGUCAACUUCUCGCUCAUCCUCAUCUGCCUGCUCCUCAUCUACAUCAUCGUCCUGCUGAUGUAAGGAUGAAGGACGCACGUGGUUGGAGGAAGCCAUGGCCUGGACGGAAGGUCGCACAAGGACAGGAAUUUUUCUCACGUUAUUGCUUGACAUGCUGUGAUAAUUAUUAGAAAUUAAGUCAAAAGCUAGCUGUUGUUGUUGAGAUUCUAGUUUCAUUUCUUACCACAUGCACUACACUCAACUGCCAUGUUUUCUCUAGUAACAAUCCAGAAUAAUUCUAUUUCAUUUGAAGGUAUUUUGCAUAUUUUGCUCAGACGUAAUAGAGCCAUGUAAAUAAAAUUAAAGCUGCAGUAUGUAAUUCGUCAAAAGCUUCUCUAAAUGUAUAAAGAUUAUUUCAAAUCAAAGAUUUCUGCCAAAUUCACUAUACACCAUAUUGCUACACAGUGGAUCUCGCUACUUUAUGUGUUUUCUGGCUUUUGUUUACAUUUUUUUUCUGGCUUGGAAAUGUCACCAGCAACGUUAACAAAGAGCUACUUUAAAAGUCAACCCAUGUGACCUUGUUUUUCUAACGUUUGCAAUAUGUUCUUAGCCAGCAGAGGGCGCUAGACGUUACAAAAAAUAUAUAUAUUUUACACAUUAGAAAUUGAUACCCAAAAUGUUGUUUCCUACUUUGUAAAUAAAACAUUGUAAAAAUAAAAUUUACAAAAAUUACACUGAA